UACUUCCUGUCUCAUCAACAGCCCACAAAAAGGAAACCAGACCCACCAGAGUUCAUUUUGACAAUCGGUAACACAAUGAUAGGCUAAUCAGCUGUCGCAUCGGUGGCACGCGAUUCUGCAAUUGAGGUGAAACACUGGAGCUUGAAUGAACCGGGAUUACAAAACUGCUUCUCCAUGUCUGCACCGACUCCCUCCAGUCCCACUGCGCCAGUUGUAGUCCAGUUUAAGAUGGGCCUGUUCAGGGAGGUGGUUCGAGUCCCAGCUGGCAACCUGAGCUACCGUCAUGCCCAGAGGCUGGCAGCUGAGGUCAUAGAGCGCAAGGCUCCAGACUGCAGCGUGGUGGGUGUCGGGGAGAAGAUUCUGUUAUUCCGGCAUCAGCCCACAUCUGAGCAUCUGCUGCAGCGGCUGACAGACUGCGACGAGCUGAAGGAUGGAGACCUCAUUGAGGUCAUCAUCGCAGGAUCAGCCUCCGUGAAUGAGAUGAGAUUCUGUCCACACUCGCUGGGAGUCCAGUCGUACCGGACCCCCACUUUCUGUCACCACUGUGGAGAAAUGCUGUGGGGCCUCGUUCGACAGGGGUUGAAGUGUGAUGGUUGUGGGUUAGACUUCCAUAAACGUUGUGCUUUCCAUUUGCCCAAUAACUGCAGUCGAGCACGCCGUCAGGUCAGCACCAGCCUCUCCCUGUUUCCACCACGACGACCCCCCACACACUCGCUGUCCAAUCAGGCAUCAGGCAGUCUGGAAGAGAUCAGCAUGUCCAAGCCUACAUCCAGGCCUCCAUCGUGGGCCGAGCCUCCCGUCUGGCUGGGAGUCGGCUACGGUGCCAGCAGCAGGGCUCAGGUCCCUCACACCUUCCAGAUCCACAGCUACACCAAACCCACCAUCUGCCAGUACUGCCACCGGCUGCUCAAAGGGCUCUUCAGACAGGGGCUGCAGUGCUCAGACUGCAGGUUCAACUGUCAUCAGCGCUGUGAGCCUUUAGUCCCCAGAGACUGUCCGGGAGAGAGGAGAGGCGUCAACGGGGAAGAAUCCUCAGCAGCUGGUAGCGCCUGCCCACCAGACCAAGAGGACACUGAAUCAGUGGACACUAUGAUACUAGAUAUCUCUGACGAUGAGAUGUCCUCUGAUGGUGACUCACUGGCCGAAACCGAGGAAGCCGAGCAACUGCGAGAGCCGAUGAGUCCAUGUUUCAGCAGCAACAUCCCCCUGAUGAGGCUCGUCCAGUCGGUGCAUCACACUAAGAGGAGGGCUGGAGGCGUCCUGAGGGAGGGAUGGCUGCUGCACCACACCGACACAGACACACUGAGGAAACGUCAUUACUGGAUCUUGGACUGGAAGAGCAUCACUCUGUACCAGAACGACAGCAGCACCAAGUACUACAAGACCAAAGAACUACAGACUCUUCACAACCUGCUCAAACUCUUGGUACAGGACCUCACCACACGGGUCAAGAAGGAGAUCCCUCUGUCCGAGGUGUUGCGGGUCCGAGGUCCCACCCGGCUCUUGGUGCCCUCGUUGCCCGGCGGCGGCGCUCAUUCGUUGGAGCUGGUGACGGGUUCGCUGGUUUACUGUGUGGAGGCCGGCGAGGACGGAGCAGCCUGGGAGAGCGCCAUCCGCCAGGCCCUGAUGCCCGUCCAGAGCAGCAGAGGACACGGCGAAGGGAACAAAGAUAAAGACCGACACAGAGACAGCAUGGACAUCGGCUCGGUCUAUCAGAUCUUUACAGACGACGUGUUGGGUUCAGGACAGUUUGGAGUCGUGUACAGAGGUACUCACAGAAAGUCGGGUCGACCAGUCGCCAUCAAAGUCAUCGACAAGACACGUUUCCCCACCAAACAAGAGAGACAGCUGAGGAAUGAAGGGGCCAUCCUGCAGAGUCUGUCCCACCUCGGUGUGGUUCUGCUGGAGGGGAUGUUCGAGACAGUCGAGCACGUUUUUGUCGUCAUGGAGAAGCUCCACGGAGACAUGCUGGAGAUGAUUCUGUCCAGUGAGAAAGGUCGGCUCCCUGAACGCAUCACUCGCUUCCUGGUCAUGCAGAUUCUUGAGGCUUUGCGGUAUCUGCACUUGAAACAUAUCGCCCACUGUGACCUGAAACCUGAGAAUGUACUGCUGGCCUCUGCAGAGCCCUUUCCUCAGGUGAAGCUGUGCGACUUCGGCUUCGCCCGCAUCAUCGGCGAGAAGUCGUUCCGUCGCUCGGUGGUGGGGACUCCGGCCUACCUGGCGCCGGAGGUGAUCAGCAGCAGCGGCUACAAUCGCUCUCUGGACAUGUGGUCCGUGGGCGUCAUCAUGUACGUCAGCCUGAGCGGCACGUUUCCCUUCAACGAGGACGAGGACAUCCGGCAGCAGAUCACCAACGCUGCUUUCAUGUACCCACGGCAACCCUGGGCCUCCAUCUCUCUGGAAGCUGUGAGCCUCAUUAGUAACCUGCUGCAGGUGUCGGUGAGACGGAGGUUCACUGUGGGCAAAGCACUGGGACACACCUGGCUGCAGGACUUCCAGCUCUGGUGUGACCUGAGGGAGUUUGAGCUGAGGAUGGGCUGCAGGUAUCUGACGCACCGAGGAGACGAGGAUCACUGGUUACGCUACGCUCAGGAGAGGGGGAUGGACUUCCCCUCACACCUCUGCUGGGACCCUGACAACGAACUGGACAUGUGACCUCAGUGGCUUCAAGGUAGGACACUUCAUGGUCUAUAUGUCAGAGUAGGGCAUCAGUCAUCCAGGUCUACUCAACCCCUUGGGAUUUCUAGUCCACACAGUGUAGAUAAAACAUUUCAUUCUAAAAACCAGCAAACUAAGUUUCACAAUGUGCCCAUUAACCCUUAAAAAUGUUAUUACUACUUGUAUAUUUGUGAAAAAACAACACAAACAACUGUUUUUUAAUAAUAUAAUUUUCCUUUUUUAUUCCAAGUUGAGGCGUUUAAAAUUUUACUGUUUGAAAAUGAGUUUUUGUGGCAUCAAUGAUGAUGGACAGAAUGAGUUGAGGAUGAGGGGAGGAGGAGAACGAAGCACAGAUCAUGCACAGGGAAGAGUCGACUCGCACUGAUUAUCACGGCUGACCUGUCAUUUUAAAAUGGGACCAAAACCCUAUGUGCUUCCUCCCUGACAUUAGGCCUCCUGUGGUCCCACGUACAGUAUCGAUUCUUAUUUUUGUCCACAACUUUCUUGAUGCCCUGUUGUCUCUCACUGGUCGACACCUCUCUCUGUCCACAUCUCUUGUCCUUGUUAUUUUAAAUUUGGCUGAAACAUGUCCCAAAGCUAAAAGGAGUUUGGACAGAGAGGAGAGGUGCGUGGGAUCGUUCUCCCUGGUUAGUCUUUCUGGUUUCAUUCUUGAGUCACCAUCCAGCCAUUGCCGUCUUUGUAUUUACCCACAGUGCUUUGCUCCCUCUGUCUGCAUUUUAAUAUUCAGUGCUCUCAUUCAUCCUCCAUUAGUUCCUGAGUUUCUUAAGGCUUUAAGAUCUCCAGGUUAAAUGUAAUCGUUGCCAACAUUCAGGUUUCACAGUGAGAAUUUUCAGUAUUAUGCUGCCUUUGUAAUAUAACAGCACCUGACCUGCUUCGCUCCUCGGCUGCAUGAACCAUUAACAGGCUCUGUUUGCAUUUUUUUAUGAUUAAGGAAGAGUCAGAGACUCUGACAGUGUUUCUAAACUUCAACAUAGCAUGCAUCUGCACAAAUACACAACCAAGCCAACUGACCAACCAGCUUUUUUAUCAUGUUUUCUUCUUUAAUUACCCUUCUACAAAAAGAGUUGUUAGGUAGAGAGGGGAAGAGCAGGAAGCUUUGCUCAAAACUACUACUACCACUUUUUCUCUCUCAUUAACACCUCCUAAAGCCAGGUAUGUUAUAUGUAUGCUGCUUACAUAAGUUCAGUGCAAUACCUGUUUUUUAAGGCACCCUAACAGAUGUGAGAGAGUAGCUGGCCGGUCCAAACAUAAUCUCAAAGAUUUGAGCAAAGUCUACAGCUCUCACCCUCUCUGAGCAGUGUUCCUGGGCAUGAAAGGAGGGAUGGGAGGAGGAGAGAGAAGGGGAAGAAAGUUAAGAUUUGAGAGAGGAAAAAUGAUAAGAA